AUCGGUGUGUGUGGAAGGGAGGGAGGGCCUGGGGCGGCAGCAGCACUUUCUGCCAACCCGGCGCGCGGAGGGGCAGGCGGCGGGCAGCGCAGGUGUGUGGACAGCGCAGGUCUGUAACUUUCCGAAACCCCUCACCAUAAUGCUUUCCGUACCCUUUCUGAGCCAGGUGGGGCCUAGGGGAGGAAGAGAAACGAAAGGGACAGGGCAGGUUGUUGCAGGCUGUUGCCACCCUGGGUCAAAGAGCUUUGCUCGGUGCCAAAGAAUCUCAAGGUCACUAGGAGGACGCUGAAACGCAAGUGUGAGAACCAAUAGGAGGCUCGGGUUUAGGGCUUUGGAAUCACAAAGUGAUGGCCAAGGGAAGCCGGAGAGCUUGCACUUCAACCUCAUUAAUCUGUGCUUGAGAAUGCUAAGAGAGAGCUGGGAGGGACUUGCCCAAGCCCACAGGGAGUUACUGGUGGAGCUGGAUUCCUGCCAACCAAGCUGUCAGGUCUGACGGGGUAUAAGUCACUUGCAUGAAGAAGUUUAGUUCCAGCCCUUCCCUGGGUGAUCUGUCAACAAGCUUUCCCUCCUCUGAAUCAGCUCCAUGUGUGUAUGAGAGUGGGGGAGGGGCCUAGAAGAGGAGGCUUUCCAUCCACCUGUAUGACACACUGGACCCAGUUCAGAGUCAAAAUGCUGGUUAAUAUCCUGUGUGCUGAGGGAGGGAAAACUUGCCCAGAGUGUUUGAUAGGAUUUGGAUCUGACACGUGGAAAGGCAUUCUGGAUGAUGGGACAGCACGAGGCAGGAGCUGGAACUAGAUCCCAGAUGCCUGGUGGGAUGAUGCAACCUCAUUCUUUCCAGUGGAGAGGAGCAGGGGAGAAAGAAAGGGAGACCCUGGCCCUAGACACCAGGCCCUGGGUGUGACCUUGAUUGCCGUGAGGUUUAAGCUGGAUGUAAUGGUAUGGAUUUACUCCACACCAUUCCUGGACCAGGAAAUGUCGUAUUUGUUUAUUUACUGAAAUAAAAAUGUAUCUGGUUCCAGUCUUCACUCAUCAAGCUGGCUGAAAAGUACACACUCAGUCAGUUUUUAGGUAUUCAAUCCAAACUGGACACUUUCCCGAUUUGAGCGCAGAUUCUUCACUGUCUCAUCCCCUUCCUCUGGCUGAGCUCCUUGGUACCCUGCUCAGAGAUCCUUGCAGUGAUCCCAGGCUCAGUCUAGAGACCCUCGGCUGCUCCCGAGGCUCCUAGUCCUGUGUAGCUAGCUAGCUGAGUUCUGCCCGCUCCAAGGGCUGUGUGGGGGCAGCUGCAGGAAAGGAAUCUGCCCACAGUUUCUGCCUACAGGACUCCUCUCCUGGUUGCAAGGAACCCACCAGCUGGCAGGAGUGUGGGGUGGUAAAAGGGUGGUUCUUCCCUCACUUCAACUCCAAGCAUCAGCAUCUACACAGUUUCCUUCUGGAGCAACAGUCUUUCAGUAUUUUUGAUAACUGACUCUUCCGGGGUAGAAGUUUUGGCCCUGAAAUACCAAAAGCUGUUUAAACACCCUCCCUGGAGCAGAGCCUGGCCUCAGAAUACCAAAACUUGGCUCUCAAAGAAGGGAAAGCAGGGAAAUUACCUUUUGGUUUCCCAAUGGCUGGGAGAAGAAAGGGGAAAACCAUCUCAGGAGCCUCAUUGUUUUGAGCAAUUGGCAAAGGGAUGAGAUCUUGAUGGGGAUAGCUUUGGGAAGGAGUAGGAGGUGGGCGGUUUAGCUGAGCUCAGCCAGGGCCUUGGGAUGGGGCCCCUUCUCUUUCCCGCCCCUAAGGCUCCUUUCUGGUUGGCUCUGGAGUUCCUGGGUUUUGAGGCUGUUUCAGCAGUCUUUCUUCUGGGGCUUUCUCAGCCCAGCCCCACACUGAGCAAGGGGCCCUGAGGUAGGCAGGGCCCUGGGGGAAUACAGCAGCUUGUAGCACAGCUCCUGCCUGAUAGUCUGCAGGAAAGUUAGGUGGGACCCAGGUACCUCCUGUGUCCCGUGGCGUUGCUGGAGGAGGGGGAGUCCUAUGCACCUCCUGAACAUCACAAGAUGGCUCAUCUCUCUCUGGACUCUAGAGCAACUUUAGAGUGAGGCGUGUUUCUAGUAUUCUCUGCUGACCAUGUGAGGCUUAACCUGUAACAUGCUUUUGCCCAUUUGUUUCCACCUUGCCCCCUGAAUGAGUUUUAAUAUCCUUUCUUGGCUGAAGAGAGGGACCAUCACUGAUAGGAUAUUACAGCUGGGAGAGCCAUCCCAGAACAGCUGCUCACGCCUCGGCACCUGUAGUUUUACCCUGAUUGCCCUUCCCGCACAUCCCUUACAAGCCCUUUUGUCAAAAUCCCACUGGAUUACACAUGCCACUUUCUUCGACUGGAUCUGACCUGUAGUUCCAUCUCUUGGCGUCUCCAAGACCAACUUGAAGCUGAUUUUAAAACAAAACAAUUCAGUGCAUGUAUUGAAGAACAGUGUGGUUUUUGUUUCGAUCAGUAUCGGUGGCCUGCAUGAUCAAAUGGAACAGAUAUUUUGAAAUAGAACAAAAGUGAUAAGAAAAACGAAAAAAAAACCCAAACUAUGAGCGAAACUAAAAUAGACUUGGAGAACAAUCUAGGAUACCUGAAAUUAGGACAGUAGGUGGUUCAGAAGGAGAAAAGCAGUUGGAGGAGGGGCGGUGAUUCAGUGAUAGCUAUAGUAUCCUUUGCUUGAAAAAGUAGGCACACAGAUGGCCAUGUGCUUGGUGAGACAUUAUUUGUACACUUCCCUGCAUUCUCCAUACAAAUUUAAUUUCCCCCGAGUUCUCAGAUUGGCCUCCUGGAGGUGCAGACUUACUCUGGUGUCUUGUGAAAGAGAAAAUGUCUCAGUUGCCUGAUAACUAGUAGAAGACUUAAAAAUAGCUGUUAGCAACAGUGUCAUCAGCUGUCAGCACAGAAGAGCAGAGGAAAGAAUUAACAGUUGUGCUGAGAAUGGGGGAGAGCUUGCUGAUAGCCUCUAGCUGAGAUGCACAGGGACAUUGGAGCAUCCUGUAGCAGAGUGGGCGGCGGCAGCGACCAGGCUCUUGGUCCUCGUUAUCCCAGUGUGGUGGGCUCUCUGGUGAUUUUUACUUUCUUCCCCAUACUGGUAGGCUUUUUUUUUAAAACAAUGAGCAAUAUUUAUAUAAUCAGAAAAAAAAACUUGCUGUUUUCAUUGUGAGGUGAGAAAGGCAAGGCACAGAACUGUUAUAUGGUAUGAUCCUUUCGUGCGAAAAUAGAAUAUAUUAAACAACUAUAUACAUUAUGGGUUUUCCACAAACUGUUUUUUUUUUUUCCUGUGAGGUUUCAUCAGAAGCUGUUACCUAUGGUUUCCUUUUCAGAAGAGGAACUGGGCAGGGAGGUCCUAGAGGUGGGGGAAAUGUUUGCUUUUCAUUUUGUUUACCUUUAAAAAAAUAUGUCGGUGGUGGCACAGUGGUUAGGAAUCUGCUUGCCAAUGCAUGGGACACGGGUUUGAUCCCUGGCCGGGGAAGAUCCCACAUGCCAGGGAGCAACUAAGCAUGUGCUCCACAACUACUGAGCCUGCUUGCCAAGAGCCUGUGCUCUGCAACAAGAGAAGCCACCGCACUGAGAAGCCCUCAAAUCGCAACGAAGAGUAGCCCCCACUUUCUGCAACCUGAGAAAGCCCCCGUGCAGCAACAAAGACCCAAGGCAGCCAAAAAUAAAAAUAAGUAAAUAAAUAACUUAAAAAAAAAGUCACCAGGGUUAACUAGUGUGUUGGGGGUGGGGGAGGGGGGUAGCUCAUGGAUGAAUUUUUUUUUUUCUUCCUUGUAGCUCCCUGUAUUUUAAAAAAAAAAAAAAUCCCAAGUAACAGUUGUAUCCAUUUAACAAAUUCAGGGAAGAGGUAGAGUGUUCCUGAUAUUGAGGCCAGAGUUCAAAGGCUGUGUGGUGGGUGUGUGUGGUAGGCGUUCAGCUCUGGGCGUGUGAUGGGUGAGUAGGCUGUGUUGCAUUGAAGGGAUGCAGGACGGCCUGGAUGCAUCUCCCGGAGCUUGUGGUGUGAAGGGGACUUUAAGGGGAGAGGGAAGGCCGGGUUGGCCAUCGUGCUGUCCGGUCUGGUGUCAAGGCUUGGGCAGGGCAGCCAGUUAGGUGGCCCCUGUGUGACCAAGGAGACAAAGGAUGUGCACUGGCAAGGGUCUUGGUAGAAGGGACAGAGAGGUGGCCAUUUUCCAGAACUACUUAGGGGGCUCGGUGACUGAUUGGAUGUGGGUGGGAGGGAGAGGGGGAAGUCCAGGACAGAUGGUCGCGUCCUUUCCUGAGUGAAGAGGAGCUGCUGGAAAGGGGUGCGGGGAGGCAGCGAGCUCACGGGGAGGACACGGACAGGGAGAGCAAAGGGAAGAGCCCAGCGAGGGGGUUUGGGAUCGGUGGGGUCAGGCAGAGGACAAUUUGAGGCCGUGCGGUAGGCGGAGGGCCUGGAUUGGAAGCCACGGGAAGGAAUGACGUCUCCCAGCAUCACAGAGGGAAGAGGAGGUGCGCAGAGGAAGCUCCGGGAGGCUCUGUCCCUUCCUGCGCCGGGCUCCUUCUCACACUUCAGAUCACCGCGGUAGUGUCACCUCCACCUGCCUGACUCGCCUGACUCCGUCCUCUGUUCUUUUGGUCACAGACUCUAAGUCCUUUCUCACUUACCGUGAUCUGUCCAUUAUUGUUAACUUUUUUUUUAAUUUACUUUUUUUCUUUUAUUCUUUUUCAAAUUCUUGUUUUCUUGAAGUAAGCUAUGAAAGCAGGGACUUGUCUGUGUUGGUUACCUCUAAAUUCACAGCCCUAACUAGUCCUCGGCACAUAAUCGGUGCUCAGAACCUGUCUCGACCGACUGAAUGAGUGGAUGGCAGAAGUAGCGGAGAGGUGGGAGGGAACCCUGGCGAGGAGUGAAUGUCUGUGCCCAGAGGAAACUGAAGUGAGCCCUUUGAAUGCCUCCGGGAGACUCGGAGCAGAAUGAACAGAGUCAAGUGUUGGUUAUAUUCAGCAGCAAAGAAGUCCCUGGUGACUUUGGCAAGAGCAGAGGAGGGUAGAGAUGAGAUGGUAGCUGCAGUUCAGGUGUCUUCCUCUAGCCAUGUUUACUAAUUAACCCGAUACCCUCGAGGGGGAAGCCAGCGGGUGUUUGCAGGCAGGGGCUGACCCCAGAGACCCAGGGUGGCCUUCAAGGCCUGGCAGUGGGUGUCUGAUCAAAUGUCCCUCCUCCUUCAGAGAGCUUUUCGCUGACCACCCUCUACCUGUGUGCUGCCCACUCAUCACAUCCAUUUUAUUUUAUUUCUUGGUAUCUAAAAUUCUUAUUUGUUUACUUAUAAAUUAUCUGCUCACCCCCAACUCUGCACCUUGUGUAAGCCCCCCCAAAGCCUGGCUGUGACUUUUUUGUUCACUGCUGUGUCCUCUUGCCUAGCGUGGUGCCUGGUACCAGAGCAGGUGCCUAAUGCAUAUCUGUGGAAUGAACCAGAAAACCCUCCCUUUUGGACGUGGCUCCAGUUCCAACCCCAGCCACCCAGGACGGGGGUUGCUUAUUUCUGCCCUCCUCCGCCAAGGGGUUGAGUCGUUAGGUGCAGGAGGACAGCCAGGGGGCAGCCCACGCUGCAUGGGCAGAGAACUGUAUCUGUAAGUCCUAGGCGAGGUACUUCCCCUCGCUGAGCCUCAAUUUCUUUAGCUGUGCCAUGGGAAUGGCAGGAAGAUUUAACCCAAACACGGAGCACGUUGGCAUGGUGCCUGGCACACAGUAGGUAGCCACUGGUGAUGCUUGUUCAGAAUGGUCUAAUAAUCAGCCUGGGUGUGGCCUCUCGCUGGGCUCCCCCUCCAGUAAGCUUCUUGAAGAGACAGAUCUAUACUGUCCACAGGUGGCAAGGGCCUGCCCAGGCUGGACCACAUGUAUGGUGUCAGAGCUGCGGGUGGGCACAUGUGUCCUGGGUUGGUGUGGGGACCUGGGGGCAUGGGCCUCGGGUGUCUGCUGCAGGCACAUGGAGCCUGCGGGGAGUGGGGGACGGAUGCGAGGUGUCUCCCCAGAACCCUGACCUGGACUCAGAGGAGCUGCUGGCCCUGCCCCUGCCUCAACUGGUACAGAAGUUACAGGGUGGGGAGCUGUCUCCUGAGGCCGUGCUCUUCACCUACGUGGGAAAGGCCUGGGAAGUGAACAAAGGGACUAACUGUGUGACCACCUACCUGGCAGGCUGUGAGACGCAGCUGUGCCAGGUCCCGAGGCAGGGCCUGCUCUACGGCGUCCCUGUGAGCCUCAAGGAGUGCUUCACCUACAAGGGCCAGGACUCGACAUUGGGCUUGAGCCUGAACAAGGGGGCGCCCGCAGAGUGUGACAGCGUGGUGGUGCAGGUGCUGAAGCUACAGGGCGCCUUGCCUUUCGUGCACACAAAUGUCCCCCAGUCCAUGUACAGCUAUGACUGUGGUAACCCCCUCUUCGGCCAGUCCAUGAACCCAUGGAAGCCUUCCAAGAGCCCAGGUGGUUCCUCAGGGGGUGAAGGGGCCCUCAUUGCGGCUGGGGGCUCCCCACUGGGCUUGGGCACCGACGUCGGAGGCAGCAUCCGCUUCCCCUCCUCCUUCUGUGGCAUCUGCGGCCUCAAACCCACGGGGAACCGCAUCAGCAAGAGUGGCCUGAAGGGCUGUGUCUAUGGACAGGUAGCAGUACAGCUCGCAAUUGGCCCCAUGGCCCGGGACGUGGAGAGCCUGGCGCUGUGUCUGCGAGCGCUGCUGUGUGAGGACAUGUUCCGCUUGGACCCCACCGUGCCCCCCCUGCCCUUCAGGGAGGAGGUCUACACAAGCUCUCAGCCCCUGCGUGUGGGAUAUUAUGAGACGGACAACUAUACUAUGCCCACCCCGGCCAUGAGGCGGGCCCUGCUGGAGACCAAGCAGAGACUCGAGGCUGCCGGCCACACGCUGGUUCCCUUCCUGCCCAGGAACAUACCCCAUGCUGUGGAGACCCUGUCGGCGGGUGGGAUGUUCAGUGACGGCGGCAAGAGCUUACUACAGAACUUCAAAGGUGAUUUCGUGGACCCCUGCCUGGAGGACCUGAUCUCAAUUCUGAGGCUGCCCCAAUGGCUUAAAGGACUGCUGGCUUUCUUGCUAAGGCCUCUGCUCCCGAGGUUGUCAGCCUUUCUCAAGAACAUGAAAUCUCGGUCAGCUGGAGAGCUCUGGGAACUGCAUCACGAGGUUGAGGUGUACCGGCGCUCCGUGAUAGCCCAGUGGAGAGCAAUGGAGCUGGAUGUGCUGCUCACCCCCAUGCUGGGCCCUGCUCUGGACUUGAAUGGCCCAGGCAAGGCCGCAGGGGCCAUCAGCUAUACUGUGCUCUACAACUGCCUGGACUUCCCUGCGGGGGUGGUGCCUGUCACCACGGUGACCGCCGAGGACGAGGCCCAGAUGGAGCAUUACAAGGGCUACUUUGGGGAUGCCUGGGAUAAGAUGUUGCAGAAGGCCACGAGGAAGAGUGUGGGGCUGCCUGUGGCUGUGCAGUGCGUGGCUCUGCCCUGGCAGGAAGAGCUGUGUCUGCGGUUCAUGCGCGAGGUGGAGCGCCUGAUGAGCCCUGAAAGGCGGCUGCCUGCCUGGCCCCAGAGGACAUGAGGCCCGCUGCAGCGUCGUCAGGGCACAGCUGCCACCCUGUGAGGACGUGUUCAGCCUGGGGCAGAGGCUUCCAGGUCCCCCUCACCCCGCCCUGCUGCCCCUCCUUGCCCCUACAAGAAGCCCAGACCCGCUGAGUCUGGCCCUCGCCCUGCUCCCCUCUCUGUCCUGACCUCCCCCAUGUGGCAGCCAGGAGGCAUGACAUGGGCGAAGGCCCACGAACAGUCAGGAACCUGUUCCUGGUCUGUGUACUUUCUGGCAGUCACCGUUAGGGCACUGGGGGUUGGAGACCCGACCUUCAAGAACCCAACUCCAGGCACGUCAGUAUCCUGCUUCAGAACCUCCUCUGGUUCCUGUCACUCUCAGGAUGGACACAGGCUUCUCAGGGCGGGCGAUGCGGCCCCAGCCCUUCACCCCACCCUCUCUCCCCCUUAGACUAAGCCCUACUUUGUUAAACAUUGUCUUUUCUCCUCUCCGGCCUUUGCUUCUUCCCUCUGCUGAGGAUGCCUUUUCUGCUGCUCUACCAUUAAAUCCUGUGAGGCCCAGCUCAGAGCCCUCUUUCUCCCUCUGAGCCCUGGAGUAGGUGGACUGUUUCCUCCAGGUCUGCACUGUGUGGUGGGCAGCCGCGGGUGGGUCGCCUCCCUUAGCACACUGGCUCUCCUUGACGGCAGGGACACUAUUUCUACACCUUUGUCCUCAGUGGCCAGCAAAGGGCUGGGCAUAGGGCAGCGGGGAGUCUGGGAUGCUGCUGGGGAGAGGAACCCACAGGCCUGGGGAGGCGAGCACAAGACAAGGUGAUCUGGUAGAGAGUGCUCACAGGAAUGUUCUGGGAAGGCUUCCUGAAGGAGGAGGACCUGUGUUGAGUAUAGAAGGUUCCCAGAGGCUGAGAGAGGGGACGAGGACAUCCCAGGGAGAAGGAACAGUAGUACGUCCAGAGACCAGGGUGGGUUUGGUAGACAGAGGCAUUGAAUGGGCACGGGAGGAGCAGGUGGGGGUCCGAUCCAGGUGGACUUGGGGGGCCAGGUCAGGAACUUGAAUCCAGUCUCAAGGGCAAUGGGGCACGAUCGAAAGAUCACACAAGUGUGGUGAGGAGAGUAGACUGGAGGGGCAGAGCCUGGCGAGGGUAAGGAGGCUGCACCAUGAUUCCUAAUGUGGGGGAGGGGCCAGGGCCUGAGCUGGGGCCAUGCCCAGGGAGAGAGGUGGUUUGGGAAUUGACAGCUGGGGUGGAAGUGAGCUGUCUUGGCUUGGGCUCAGCUCUUCCCGGUCUGCCAGCUCACUUCUUACCGGACUGCAUUGCCUGGUGGGUGGAGGGGUAGCUCAUCUGGAUGACCCUGGGGGCUUCUUGGGUCCGCCGGCAGAGCUUUCUCGCUCCUGCCUGCCUCCAGCCCUAACUCGACUGCUUGCUAUCACAGAUGUUUCUGGCCUGAGCCGUUGGGCAGGGUGGGCCCCUGGCUCCCAUCUGACUUACUUCAUAUUCUUUUCAGGGCAAGCUGCUUUCUGAAGGCUUCCUUCACCCAGAUUUCCCUAUUCCUCCAGAGGUGCUUUCCCCUCCAAGUCACGUGCCCAGUGGCACCUGUGCUUUCUGCCAGUAGUGUCCCUGCCUCAGUGGGGCAAGUCUCAGGGCUGACUAGAGGGCCUGACCCACAUGAACACCUAGAUUGGGAUGACCAAGCAGCUGCUGCACUUUGCCCUGAUGUCACGUAACUGCUACAUCAUUUUGCCUCAUGUCUUUCCAUGAAACCACUUGCCAUCUGCUUCAGCUUCCUGCCCCGUUUCUCUCUUUGGUUGAUGAUAGCCUCGUACUUUCAGACACGAGGCUGUCAUGUGGGGGCACCUCUCCUCCAUUCCUUCACUGGUUUAUUGAUUUCACCCUUGGACCCCAGCAUGGCUGUGCCCAGCCCUGUGCUCAGUGGUACCGGGGCCCCACCAAGCCUGGCUCCCAUCCCUGAGCGGCUCCUGGGCCUGUGUGGGUGGGGGAUGUUGGCACCACCACAUCGGCUCUCUCGUGAUCAGGGCUGGGGGCAGGGUAGACGACGGGGCCAAAUGCUGCUGAGGGCGGGGUAAGUCGUCAGUGGGGAAGCAAGUACCCGCUGCGUUCCAUCUCCAUCGCUACGCUCUGGUCCAAGCCACCUGCCUCUCAUCUGGACACUAAUAACCAGUGUUAAAGUGUGUAUCAGACUGAGUCACCUCUCUCCUUAAGACCUUGCAAUGGCUUCCCAAUCAUCUGAGAGUAAAAUCCAGUCUCCGCCUUGAGUUCUGCGAGGCCCCACGUGACGUGGUCCUUGCCCAUCUCCCCUGCCUCAUCUCAGAGGUCUCUUCCUCUUGUUCGUUGUCCUCCAGCCACACAAGCACCCUUUGGUCUCUCCAUCAUCUCAAGCUGGUCCCCGCUCCAGAGCUUCUGUGUUAGCUGUCCCUCUGCUUGGAACGCUUGGCGCCAAUGUCACCUUCCCUGAUCACCUACUUGGAAAACAGUUUCCCCUGAUGCCUUUGUAGAAUUAUCACUAUCUGGGAUCAUACUUUUUUUUUUUGGUCUCCACUCAAACAAGCUUCCUGAGAGCUGCGCCUCGUCACGCUCAUCACGAUACGCAGCGUGUGGAAUGGUGCCUAUAAGGUGCUUAGUUAAUUUAGUGGACGUCAUGUGAGCAUCUACAAGGGACCAGGCACUGUACUGGAAGCUGGGACUUCAGUGAUGAAUGCGGCAGACUAGGGUCUUGUCCUCUCAGAGCUGCAUUCUGGAGGAUAUUUGGUGAAUGAAAGGAGGCAGGGAGGCAGGCAGUGAGGUAGUAAAGACCUACGUAUUUGAUGCAUGGAGUGAUAAGGUGACUUCUAAUCAGGACAAGGGACAAGCAGGACAUUCUGAAUAUGAGCCAUCUACCUUCUGGGCACUUUAUAGUCAUCACGUCAUUUUAUCCUAUUAACCCUGUGGUGGGUAUCUGUGUGCCUAUUUUACAGAAAGAUCCCACAGCUAGAAGCAGUGGAAUUAGAAUCAAUAUCUGAUUGAUUCUAUGUCAGAGCCUCCGCCUGGUGUCCCGUGAUGCUGAGGCACAGAGGAGUGACAGCGUACGCCGCCUGCUGCCUCUUCCUGCCUGACCACCAGUCCAGCGGCUUCGAGACCCUCUAAGUCACAUGGCUACUGCCUGGUCUCAGCCUUUCCCCUAUUCCCUGGUCCACUGCUGCAGCUUCUCGCCUGACCUCCCCAUGCCCCAGACUGAUCUUCUCCAACUGUCUUUCAUAUGGCAGAUGAGUGACCUUUCUAAAAGCAAAUCUCAUCAUGCCUAAAACCUUGUGCCCAGUCCAGGCUCCUAGCUCUAACCCACAAGGCCAUGCUUCACCUGGCCAUGCAGGUGACCACUCUGGGUUCCUCCCCUUCCUUGGGCCCCUCAGGCAGUGCUCAGAGCACUGCACACCUCCUACCUCCAAGCCCUUUGCUCACUGGGCUUGCUCUGCCUGGAAUGCUCUUCCUCAUGUCUCCACCUGAAGACCCCCCCACCCCACCCCCGCCCCACCAAUCCAAGGUAAGGGUGGUCAUCCUCUUACAACUGUCAGGCUGUGUUGAAAGGGCUUCUUGGUGCUUCUGUUCACGCUCCAAAGCAGGGACUGUGCCUUAAUAAUCGAAUCCAACAUCGAUCAGGCUGUGGGGUUGAUAAUACAUUAUCUCAUCGGAAAUAGUGGGCAUUAUUACUUCCAUUUUAUAAAUGAGGAAACUAAAGUUCAGAAAGGGUUGCUGAUUUGUCCAAGGCCAAAGACUGGAACGGAGAAGACCUGAAUCCACAUGCCUGACUCGAAACUUACUGUUUGCACAAUCAUGCCAAGAACAUGUGGUUAACACCUUCUGGGUGCUAGGUUCUGUGCCAAGUGACCCUGGAGACAGAAGCCACGUCCAGGCACCGUGCUCCUCUGCUGGUGUCUGUUUACAGGGGGUGUUUGCAGAACGGUUGCGAUGUUGGAGUUUAGGACACACAGAGGACCUGCCACUUGUCCCUAAUAGGCACCAACUUUUAGGGUCGUCCCAGAGCUCCAGCUUGUUGAGAGCCUUUGGGAUCCUGGCUCUCUUGCCCACUUGUUCUGCUCUGCCCCCCAGCUUUGUCCAUCCUCAAACCUGAGCACUGGACCUCUCCAACCUCAUCGAAGUCACCAAGAAAUAAUCAGAUUAGAGCCAAGGAAAGAGCCCUGGGUUGUGUCACCCCAGACCACCUGCCCGGACAAUCUGGGCAUAAGAGAUGGCCACAUAAUCAAGUCUCACCAAGUCCUGAGUGUCCCAACCAGCCUUGGCGGGCCCUCCCAGAUUUCCCACAUGUAGAUUGGGGGCGGUGGCCCUGGGCACCUGAGGUAGAUGAAGUCACCUGGGGUCAGGGCUGUGUGAGGUUUGCCCUUGUUGAAUGGAGGAGUGAGUGACUUGUUAUUAGUGAACCCACUCGGCCCCUCCUGUUACUUCCUUCUCUCAUCCUAAACAGCGAUGUCCUGGUCGGCCCCUGCGCUCAGCCCUUUGCACGUUUAUCUUACUACUGCUGUGACCUUGGUUUGUGCCCAUGAGGACAAAUAGCUCCCAGUCUAUACUCAACCUGUGACUUUCUCCUGGUCUGCAAGUCCUCAUCCAAACACUCCCCCAUCUCCAUCCCCUUCAUCUCCAUCCAUCCAAUAAACAUAUUGAACUCCUCUCACAGGAAUUACCACAGAGACAGGGUAACCAAUCAGCAAUAGUCCCUGCUUGAAUGGAGCUUUCAUUCUUCUAGCAAACAGACACCAAACACACAAUCACAUAAAAACACUUGUUAGAAGUGCAAUAAUGCAGAAGCACUGCUUGAUGAGAGUAAACUAAGUGGUACCUGGUUCAUCCUGGGUGUGCGUGUGUGUGUGUGCGUGUGUGUGUGUGUGUGUGUGUGUGUGUGUGAAUGCUUCCUGAAGGAAGUGACAUUUCAGCCAAGAGCUGCUUUGUCACAAAAGCCAAGGAAUGAAUGUAUUUCGAGAAAGAUGGAGGCAAUGGCUUCAAAUACUGUUGAAUUAACUUCAGGGAGAUUGUUGGGGUGAUUUGACCUAAACCAGACUGGAUUGGGUGGAGGAGUGAGUGAAAAAUGAGGAAGUAAAGGCAGCAAGUGUAGAUGACUUGAGAAACUUGGCUGGGAACGGAGGAAAGGUGUCAGGAUGGUAGCUAUGAAGGAUAUAGAUCUGAGAGGAUCUUAAGUUGUUUUUCAAAUUAUCUUUUUAAGAUGGGAGAGACUGCAGCACGUUAAAUGCUGCUAGAAAGGAGCUAUAGAAGUAGUGGAGGAGAUACAUAGAGGCAAAGGCGGGAGUGGAGGGCUCCAUCCACCUAUCGUUCCUCCGUUUAAGAAGUAUUAUUGAGCACCUCCCAUGUGCCAGGUACUUUGAAAAAGGCUGAAAGGUACUUGCUAUUUUUUAAAUUUUAUUUAUUUAAUUAAAUUAAUUUAUUGGCUUC